AUGGCGAUCAUUGGACGUGCAGGCAAAACCAACAGUGUUGUAUCCUUUGUGAAUAUUCACGUAAUAACAGUCCCUGAACACCUUAAUCAACACCAGCUCUCAUCUGUGCUGCUCCAGAUCCUGCUGUAUCUCUCAGCAGCUUUCAGUGUGUUUUACUUUCUGUCCACCCUCUCUAUGAUCAUCUACAAGACUCAUGUGUUGAGUUACCCUGUUGGCCGACUCGCUCUAGACGUGUGUCUGCUGUUUCUUAUGGCCGGUCUCGAGGUCCUGAGGGUGUACUGGGGGUUCAGGGGAAACCUACAGGAGAGCGAGGGCUACACGGGUUCGAAUCUGAUCGCCACCGGGGCCACAGUGCUGCUGGCGCUCUAUUUUGUCAUUUGGCAGUCGUACGUCCUGCGAGCUGAUGUCAUCAUUGGCGCCAUCUUGCUCUGCUUUUACGGCCUGACAGGAAUUGUGGGGUUUGGGACGUUGGCGGGCUUCACCAGUGUUUACUCCUGACUGUGGCUACAGCUGACAGGCUGCCGGAGAUUUUCAUUGCUAUGCAACCGACUACUGUUCCUUCUC